AUGGAAAUAAUAGGUGAUUAUGGUAAAGCCUCAGGACAAGAGGUUAAUUUGGAGAAAUCUUCUAUUAUGUUUGGUAAAAAGGUCCCAUCUGAUGUAAGAUCUCACUUAAAAUCGGUUAUUGGUAUCUCUAAAGAGGGCGGCAUGGGUUCGUAUUUGGGUAUUCCUGAAAGCCUCCAGGGUUCGAAAACUAAGGUUUUUAGCUAUGCUAAGGAUCGAAUGGAUGAUCGCGAACUGACAUCCAAACUAACGAGUGCUAUCUCUACCUUCUGGUGGAAGUCGAAUGAUAAGGCCCGUGGUAUGCAUUGGGUUGCUUGGGAUAAAAUGUGUAAAGAUAAGAGUGAAGGGGGUCUAGGUUUCCGAGCUCUGGAUCAAUUUAAUGAUGCUAUGUUGGCGAAACAGUUUUGGCGUCUGAUUCAUUAUCCGACUUCCUUAAUGGCUCGGGUAAUGAGAGGUAGAUAUUUUCGGAAUAAGCAUCCUCUUAUGGCAAAAAAACCAUAUAAUCCUUCUUUUGGAUGGAGAAGUAUCAAUUCAACUAAGGAACUGGUGGAACAAGGCGCGAGAUGGGUGGUAGGCUCUGGUUGUUCAAUCUCGGUUUGGCGUGAUCCGUGA